AUGUUCGACUUUGCUGACCAUUUUAACAAACUGAACCUGAAAGAAAAUGAGCUGGCUCUAUUUUCUGCCAUUGUGCUUUUCUCACCUGACCGUCCAGGAUUAAGAAAUGUUGAACAGAUAAGAAAACUCCAAGAAACUUUGUUGAAAUCUCUGGAAAAUCUAUCUUUCCCUCUCUUUCCUCAUUUUCCUCAUUCAUUUCUUUCUCUCUUUUUUGCACUUUCUUGUAUAUUCUCUCUUCUCACAUUUCUCUCCUUUUCACUCCCUAUAUUUCCUACAUGUUCUUUCACUACCUCUCUUCUUCUCUACAGUUUUCUCUGUCUCUCUUUUUCUUACACCUUCUCUCUUUAUUUUCUUUUUCUGACUCUUUCCCUUCUUGCAUUCUACUCUUCUCUUUACCCUCUCCUUCUUAAGAUCCUUUAUGUUUUUGUUUUUUUUGUUUUUUAUCCUCUCUGUCAUAUUCUUUCUCUCAUUCUCCCUAUAUUCCCCCCCCCUGCUGGAAUUACCCUCUUGACCUUUUUUCUCGUCUCUUUCACUGCCCUCCUUUCCCCUUAUGAUAAAAUUUCCAGAAAGAAAAUACAGUUCAAAAAAAUAUUUCGGACAGCAGGAAAUGUCAAAUCCUUUUUACCAUUUUUUUUUCUCUUUCUUUUAAUUCAGCUUCAUUGA